AUGAAGAAGGCUCCAAGGCGCUUAUCUGGAUACAACUCAUUAAAAAUUCCGCUUAAAACUGACCUAAAUGAGACGCAAGAGGUGUCUAAAGAAGAGAUUGACCAGGUAGACUCACUCAUCCAUAACCAAGGAAUUAGUUGGAAACUAAACCCCAAAGACAGGAUGGUUACUGAAAGAAGAAAAUAAAUCCCAUACCUGUAGCUCAAUGGUUCAAUAUAUGCAUAAUGACUCAUGAAGAGAUAUAGCAGAUUCUUUGCUUCAAAGAUCGUCUUCAAAAGCAGAAUGGGUCAGGAAGUUUUACCCAGGAGCCCUAGGAAAUUCAUACCAAUCUUCAAAAUAUUUCCUGAGGAAAUAUGAGCACCAAAGCGAUGACAUGGAGUUUGGAAGCAAGCCGAAAGAUAGUGAUUUGACAUAUAAUCUCUAUCUCUACAGCCAGUUAGUGAACGGAAUGGGGUUCAGCCCUGAUUUGGUCAAAAAAGUUCUUAUCUAUGAUAAAGAUAUUAUAAAUGAUGAAGUUGAGAAAGCAAUUGAUCUCAUGAUCAAGACCAAAUACGGAUGGGCCCACACCUUCAUUCCAGACAUUAACCCGAGAAGUAUCGAUGAGGGUAUGGAGAGUUUCAGUGAUGAUGCCUUUGAAAAAUGUCUUAUCUGAGGUGACUCGAGAGAAGAGCAUAGAAAAACUAUUAUCAAAUAAGGAAUUCUUCUCCCAAUCUCCAGUACUACAUUCUUUACCCUCAAUACAUGACGAACUUGAGGAAGAUAUCAAAGAAGAGGAAAGUGAACAAUCUAUAAAUCGUGACGAGCCUCAUUUUACUUGAAAUAUUUGAUAUUCAGACUACCCUCAAAGCCAGCAGUUUUCUUUAAGAUGAGGGCAUCAAUUUUGAAAGCCAUGCCUCAGCAAUAUGCUUCAAGUCAAUAUUACUGAAGGAAGAAUUGCGAAUAUCAACUGAGCGUACUACGGAUGAGAACUGCUUUAUACCGAGUCUGAUAUCAGAGCCAUCAUCCAAGAUCAAGAAGUAAUAGAGAAGUAUCUCAAGUUUAAAGAGAAUUAUGAAGUAAAUCUGGAUGCAAGUAGGCAAUGGUGCCCAGAACCCAACUGAGACUUGUGGGUGCAGGGCAGUAUUUCUGAUAGAAAAGUUACUUGAGACAACGGACAUACCUUUUGCUUUGUAUGCCAAGCACCUUGGCACUCUGGAAGUUGUAAAGAUCAACUAGAGCAUCAAUUACUUGACUAUAUCUCGGAAAAUAAAGUAGCAAAGUGCCCGAAAUGAAAGAUUAGAACUGAGAAGAACUUUGGAUGAAACCACAUGACUUGUAUCUGAGGACACCAAUGGUGAUGGAUUUGAAAAUAGAGAAUACACGCAUGAUCACUACAACAAUGAUAAUCUCUUCGGAUGUGGAGGGAUGCAAUUUACAAAUUCCUCUAACAAAUGCCAACUGAUUACAAGAAUGUUGCUGAAAUUGCACUUUAUCCUACCAUUCAUACUCUUGUUCAGACCAUACCUCACCUUGCUUCUCUUUCUGACACCAGGAGGAAGAGACAGGGAAUGGUUUCACAUCUGAUUGCUGCCUUCUCUCUGGUACUGUUGUUGAGAGGAUAGAUGACAAUGCAUUCGAGCUUUACUAUUCUCCCUAUACUGGCUCGUAUGUGUCUUCCCAAUCUCUUUUGCGUUAGGAGUCCUAUACCUGGUGUGUCUGUACCCUAUCCUCUUCUGCAUAACCUAUGCAAAGGCAUUCAGACUGGCUUUUAGAGACUGUAAGUGCUUUCAGAGAUAG